UGCAAAUAAUUAAGUUCUAUGCUCUCGAGUCUCUUUGUGCGUACUCAAGUUACUGCAACCGGCUCAUUGGAUUUGAGAAACCAAUUAGUAUUACGUUUCGUAAUUCGUUCGGAAAGAAUUAUUUUUUUCCCUUCAUUCCAGUUGAGAUUUCCAUAUCAGAAAAAUGAGAGGCCCCAGAGUAGGACGCAAAGGACGUACACGACCUGGAAAUUUUAAGACAAAAUUUUUUGUCCCUCGUCCUCCAUUUGAUUUUUACUUGUGUGAAUCCUUCUUUCCAAGAGUUAAGCCUGCAGCAGAUGAAAGUGCUUUUACUCAAGCAAUUUUGAAAAGAAAUCAAGACCUGAUUCCAUCACCUCAAGAACAAAGUUCUGUUUUAAACUUAGUUACCAAAGUCCAGGCUGUGUUGGAUAAUUUAGCAGUGGCACCAGGAGCCUUUGAUGCCUGUCAAAUUGAAGAAGUCCGUCAAGUUGGGUCUUUCAAAAAAGGUACAAUGAUGGCAGGGCAGAAUGUUGCUGACAUUGUAGUUAUACUAAAGACCUUACCAACAGUUGAAGCAAUCCAAGCUCUUGGAAAUAAAGUUAUGGAAGACAUGAAGCAGAGUGAUCCCCUUGAAAUUUUAACCAUGUUAACAAAUGAAGGAGGCUUUGAGGUCAGUUCAGCUGAUGCAACUGUGAAAAUCUUGAUUACAACCAUUCCACAGAAUGUUAGAAAAUGUGACCCAGAAAUUCAUUUGAGUCAGAAGAUCCUUCAGAGUCACCUGGCUGCAAUUCGUCAUUCUCGUUGGUUUGAAGAAAAUGCUCACCAUUCAAGCAUCAAAGUUCUCAUCCGAGUGUUACGAGAUAUUAGAAAUCGCUUUGAAGGUUUCAGCUCUCUUAAUCCAUGGAUUAUUGAUUUGCUUGCUCAGUAUGCUGUGAUGAAUAAUCCAAGUCGUCAGCCACUGCCCUUGAAUGUGGCCCUGAGGCGUUGUUUUCAACUUCUUGCAGCAGGCCUAUUUUUGCCUGGUUCAGCAAGUAUCCCAGAUCCCUGUGAGAAUGGGAGUGUGAGAGUUCAUACUUCCUUAACACUGGAAGAACAGGAUCUUGUGUGCCUCACUGCUCAGACUUUGCUUCGAGUGAUGGCUCAUGGUGGAUAUAAACAGAUCCUUGGACAGGAAGGAAAUCCUAGUGUUGCCAUGGAGAUGAGUGUAUGGGAUGGUGUUGUUGUUUCACCUCUGAGUAAAGCUUAUGAAAAACCUCCUGAAAAGAAAGAAGGUGAAGAAACUGGAGAAGAGAUGGAACAAGAAGCUUCUGCUGAAGAGGGCAUGGAGACCCAAGAAACAUGAAGGAUUACCUAAUUGUAUCUUGUCUUUUGUGUGUAAUUAUGGUCAUUCUAUCUUGUUUUCUUUUCUUUUUCAAACUAGAUAUUCAUUUUAAUCAGUGUUUAUUCAUUGGACCCACCAAUAAAAUGUUUUGUUUAUUCUCUGAAA